AUGUCUAUGAACUGCGGAAUGGGAUGGUCCCUUCUCUCACACAAGGAUGGCUCUGUUUUCCAAUCUUCGGCGGCUAAACCCUCUGUUUCAUUGGCUCUAGUUGCUGAAGCUUGGGCAAUGAAAGCAGGAUUUAUCAUUGCUCUGGAGAUGGGAUGCGUUGAUGUAACAGUGAGAUCAGAUUCUCACUCUCUUGUGAUGCUUCUUAACUCUUUUGUCUUCUUUUUCCUCGAUUUUUUUCGAAUUUGUACCCCGCACGGACAAUAUGAUUGCCGAUGCUCUAGCUAA